AUGAUGCAACGGUUGGUUGAUCAUGUUCUUGCUGUAACUAAAGAGUCCGUGAAGGCAUUUACUUAUGAGUCCUUAAACAAUAUUGUGAGGCUAAUCAACGGAGUAUCAGCCCUUUUGCUGGCAUUCCUACCUGGGAAAGCUAAUAUACUUGAAGGUAUCCAUGGUUGGGAACUCAGGCCAACUAUACGUGGACCACGAUUUCCACGUUGGAUGGAGAAUGGCGUCUCCUCUUUCAACCAGUUCGUACAUGAACUUUCUAUGGAUUCUGAUAAUUCAAGCUUUGAAUACUCAUCCGAAGAAGAAGAUAGUGAAGAAGUAUAUAGUGACAUACUUGAAUACCCUCAAUCUCCUGCAUCUCAUAGUUCUAGAAACUCAGAAGCUGGUAUUACCAAAUUCAGUAGGCAUCAGAAGGAUUGGACCCAAUAUAUAUUACUUUGGAUUUUAUUUCCUUUAAAGUUAUUGCUGUGGAUUCCACUUCAUCUUUUCUGGUUAAUUUACUAUGGGGCGUCAAAAGCCAUGUCGUUCACUGGAAAUAAGCGGCCUUCACAUUUACGUGCACAUAAGAGGGUGCUGAGCCUCAAGGAUCAUAUUAUUCACCGUGCUACUGAUAGGAGACGAGGACUUGUAGAGGAUCUUCAUCUAGGCAUAGAGUUAUCUAUAGAAGCUGUCUUCGAUGUUGUUCACAAGGCAGCACAUCUUCUUCUUUCCCCUUCAGAAGCUUUUGGGGCAUUAUUCAGGUUCUUUUCAUCUCAUGAAAGUGGCAUUAAAGAAGAUCAUGAUAGUGUUGAGGAGGCCUCUGUAUAUACAGAUACAUUAGGAGAAAAUGACCCAAAACCGACUGAGAGAAAUGUUAAGUAUCAGCCACUGAAUACCGAUGCUCGGACAUGUCAGGAUGUCAUAAUGGACCUUGGGUAUCCAUAUGAAGCCAUUCGUGUCAUCACUUCUGAUGGAUAUAUUCUUCUUUUGGAAAGAAUACCCAGGCGAGAUUCAAGAAAAGCUGUUUAUCUUCAGCAUGGGGUUUUGGAUUCAUCAAUGGGUUGGGUAUCUAAUGGAGUUGUUGGCUCUCCAGCGUUUGCAGCCUACGAUCAAGGUUAUGAUGUAUUUCUGGGGAAUUUUCGUGGUUUGGUUUCACGGGAACAUGUAAAAAAAAACAUAUCAUCACGUCAAUACUGGCGGUAUUCCAUCAAUGAGCAUGGGACUAAGGAUAUUCCUGCCAUGAUAGAAAAAAUCCAUGAAGUGAAAACUGCUGAAUUGAGGCUUACUAAACCUGACACAGAGGAGGAAACUGAUGAUGAUCAACUUUACAAGCUUUGUGCCAUUUGCCAUAGUUUGGGAGGAGCUGGUGUGAUGAUGUAUGUUAUUACUCGAAGGAUAGAAGGGAAACCCCAUAGACUUUCAAGAUUGGUUUUACUAUCUCCGGCUGGUUUUCAUGAUGACUCUAACAUGGUUUUUUCUAUGGCUGAACUUCUACUAGUUUUAAUGGCUCCUGUUUUGUCUCUUCUUGUUCCUGCCUUCUACAUACCAACCAGAUUUUUUAGAAUGCUUCUCAACAAGCUAGCGCGGGAUCUGCAUAACCUACCUGCAGUUGGAGGAUUGGUUCAAACUCUAAUGAGUUAUGUUGUUGGUGGGGACAGCUCAAACUGGGUUGGAGUUUUAGGAUUACCACACUACAACAUGAAUGACAUGCCAGGAGUAUCUUUUCGUGUUGCUCUCCAUCUUUCGCAGAUGAAGCGUUCUGGAAGGUUCAGAAUGUUUGAUUAUGGUAGUGCUUCUGCCAACAUGGACGUGUAUGGUUCACCUGUGCCAUUGGACUUGGGUGAACACUAUGGACUCAUAGACAUUCCUGUUAAUCUUGUUGCUGGACAGAAGGACAAAGUGAUAAGACCUUCAAUGGUGAAGAGACACUAUAAAUUGAUGAAGGGUGCUGGGGUAGAUGUUUCAUAUAAUGAGUUUGAAUAUGCACAUCUUGACUUCACCUUCUCCCACCGUGAAGAACUCUUGGCAUUUGUUAUGUCAUGCUUGCUGCUUGUGGAUCCUAAUCCAAAACAUCAAGUGAAUCAAAGGGUUGUAAGGUCAAAAAGAAAAGGGCAAAUUGCAACAAGUGGUUAG